AGUCACUGAGAUGAAUCAAAAUCCCAAACUCCAAAAAGACUGACAAACUCCACCCACCAGAAUUACACAACCAGAGGUCGUUCUCCUAGAAAGUCCACAUGGAAAAAACAAUUUAGACAACAGCUGAAAUAAACAGAAAAAUUAUUGAAAGAAUAUUAUCUGUUCAACUUUGUUUUAUGAAUUCUUCUCUGCGUGUAGACUCACAAUCUAGACUGACUUUCCAAAAUGUCUCAGGAGCAGCAGGCUGUUCUGCAGGCCAGGAAUGCUUUCUUGACUGGAAGAUCUAAACCCCUGGACUACAGAAUUAAACAACUUCAAAACUUAAAGCGAUUCAUUAAAGAAAAAACAACAGACAUUGCCAAUGCCAUGAGAAAAGACCUCCAUAAGACUGCAAAUGCAACACAGCUGUUUGAGAUCCUUGGCUUGGAGGGAGAAAUCAAUCUGGCUGUCAGCAAGCUGGCUGAGUGGGCAGCUCCUCGUCCUGUGAAUAAAAGCCUUCUCACCAUUGCAGAUGAUGUGUACAUACAGCCAGAGCCUCUUGGUGUUGUGCUUAUCAUUGGGGCAUGGAACUAUCCAAUAGCAGUUACCCUGCAGCCCCUUGUGGGUGCCAUUGCUGCAGGUAAUGCUGCAGUUGUGAAACCUUCAGAAGUGAGCUCUCACACAGCCAAAGUUAUGGAGCUCCUGCCUCUCUACCUGGACCCUGAGAUGUAUCAAGUGGUGACAGGAGGGGUUCCAGAGACCCAGGAGCUACUGAAGCAGCGUUUCGACCACAUCUUCUACACCGGGAGCAGCACGGUUGGGAAACUGGUGAUGGAAGCAGCAGCUCGUCAUCUCACACCAGUGACUUUAGAACUGGGUGGAAAAAGCCCCUGUUAUGUUGACAAAAAUUGUGACAUCAGAAUUGCCUGCCGCCGCAUCACUUGGGGGAAGUAUAUGAACUGCGGCCAGACCUGCAUUGCACCUGAUUACAUCCUCUGUGAAUCCAGCAUCCAAGACAAAGUGAUUAAUGAGAUCCAGAAAUGUAUCCAGGAGUUUUAUACGAAUGACCCCAAGAGCUUUGCAGACUAUGGACGAAUUAUUAACCAGCGGCAUUUUAAGAGGAUAAUGGCUCUUAUAGAGGGUAGCACAGUGGCUAUCGGAGGAGACAGUGAUGAAUCAGAGUGUUACAUUGCUCCUACUGUUUUGAGGGAUGUGACACCAGGAUCUAAAGUGAUGCAGGAAGAGAUCUUUGGGCCAAUUCUACCCAUCAUUAUUGUUAAUGGCUUAAAAGAAGCAAUUCAGUUCAUCAACGAACGAGAAAAGCCUCUAGCACUCUACAUUUUCUCUUCCACUAAAAAGGUCAUUAAACAGAUGAUCUCAGAGACAUCUAGUGGAGCGCUUGUAGCCAAUGACUGUCUGGUGCAUUUCACCAUAAGUGAUUUGCCUUUUGGUGGGGUUGGGAGUAGUGGAACUGGUUGCUAUCAUGGCAAAUACAGUUUCGAUCAGCUGAGUCACCUUCGCAGCUGUCUUAUUAAGAAGCUGAACAUGGAGGGAGUGAAUCAGAUGCGCUACCCGCCCCAUACAACGGAGAAGUUACGCUGGGCCCGUGUUUUACUCUUGAAGCAGGUUAAUCUUUCUCGCUGGCGUCAGGUGGCACAGGUUGCUAUGCUUGCUGCACUAGCGGCCUUUGUGGUGCAGAGGUUUUUGCGACGAUGAGGACGACCUGAAGUUUGUCUCUUUGGCCCAUCACCUUAGAGGGCUGUUGAUGUGAUUUCUUUCAUAUUGAAGAUGUUAAUAUGUCCGUGCUGGAGAGCCUCUUAUGAUCUUGUACACUCUUUUGAAUCAGAUGAUAUAGAUUUAUGUCUUUAUUGUUACUACUCCGACUUCUGUUAAUAAGUAAUAAUCACAUGGUCUGAUAGGGAUGUUGAAUAAACACCAUCGGCUGUGGUACACCCACCUCAGUAGCUCUACUUUAUAAAGAGCAGGUAAUGAUCUAUCGUAAGUGAAUAUGUGUCCUGUAGCUUUAUCUGUACCGAUGCGCCGCCCAUCAUAUAAACGCUGCUGUCGCGUUCUGAUCUACCGCACCUCACCGCAGCCGCAGCGCAUUCCGCUAUUCAGCUGUUCAGAACCUUUACGAACGAGUUUAUGUAAGUAUUAGACAAGAUACGAAGUGAGUUUCCCGAAUGGUUGCAUGACUUUUAUAAACAGAUUUCUGAAUGUUUUAUACAUUUGCUGUGUUCACGCGAACGAUGGUCUCGUGAAAUGAAAAUGUUGUAGUUUCUCCAUUAAAAAAUGAAAUCCGUGCAGCUUGUUUUAAACUCAUUUAUUCCCAGCAGU